AUGGUGUUCAUAUUUAUUUGUUCACCCGCCCCAGGAACACCGUCCAUAAAUCGUGUCGUCGGCGGAUCGGAUGCAGAGCCCGGCGCGGCGCCAUUCCAGGUGUCGUUGCAGAGCCUUUUUGGACAUUCGUGCGGUGGCGCAAUCAUCGAUCGGAAGUGGAUCGCUACCGCAGCUCACUGUGUCUCCGGCAGCAAGCCCGCCUUCCUGUGGGUGGUGGUGGGAACGAAUUUACUCAAUGCGGGCGGAAAACGGUAUACGGUGAAGAAUUUCUUCAUGCACAGCCGGUACAAUCGACCCGUUUUCCACAACGAUAUCGCGCUGAUUGAACUGGAUUCGGAACUGCAGUACGGAGAGCUGGUGCAACCGAUUGCGUACAGUGAACAGGUUGUGCCGGAGAAUGCAACCAUGACGCUGACGGGCUGGGGACGGCUAUCAGCCAACGGACCUCUUCCCAACAAGCUGCAGACGAUCGAGCUGCAGCAAGUGAGCAACCAGGAAUGCAAGCGUUUGCACCAGAACGCGGCGGAUGUGGACAUCGGGCAUAUCUGUACUUUAACGAAACAGGGCGAGGGAGCGUGUAAUGGAGAUUCGGGGGGUCCUCUCGUGUACGACGGAAAGCUGGCGGGUGUCGUCAAUUUCGGAGUGCCGUGCGCGAAAGGCUAUCCCGACGCGUACGCUCGUGUGUCAUAUUAUCACGACUGGAUUCGCACGACGAUGGCCAACAACUCGUAG